AUGAGUCAGUUUCAACCAAGCCGUUGUUUCUUGUUGGGUUUUGUCCUUUUUUCGGUUAUGAUCAUUGAAACAUUUUCAUUAUUGGAUCAUGAUCGGAAUGUAGCUGCCUUGCCGAUUUAUUCGAACGAAAAAUUCAACACCAAGAUCGGAAGUGAAAGACUUAUUGGUGGAACUAUUCCAUACUUUGAAACGGAGUGUGGAACGAAUUUUGAAGUGGGUCAACAAAUUGGAGCUCACUUUAAAGAUAGAAUUCGAUCAUUAUUGUUCAACAACUCUCUUCCAUUCCAGAGGGUCUAUCUUCCUUUUUCAAAACAACAUCCGCAAGUGAUUGAGCAGCUGUAUAAAGUCAACAAGCUUUAUUUUCCUGAAUAUAUUCAAGAAAUAGAGGGUGUGGCUAAAGGAGCCAAUGUUCCUUCGGAAUGGAUAUUCUUAAUGAAUGUUGGAGUUGAAAUUGGAAAUGGCGUUUCAAAUGCAUCAGCCAUCUAUUCAAGAAAGUUGUUUGAGAAAUCCCCAUUUUUGGAUAAGCAAUGUUCUGACGUUUUCGUGUCUGUUGUGGACAAUCAGAUCGCGGCAAAUCCACAACAACUAGUUGCCUUACUCGGUCACAAUGAGGAUGCUUCUAGUUAUAGCCAAGAUUAUGAUUAUAUUGUAAAGAGUUGUAUCAAGUCAGACAAGUCAAACGCCUCUUUAAUUUUCACUGCCUAUCAUUAUGCAGGUCAAUUGCCAGGCAAUGCUUUUGGAUGGAAUGAAUAUAUGGCAUUCUCAACCAAUGCUCAAUUUCCCACAAUUGUUCGUCAUUCAGGAAAUGGAGUUGCCCGAAAUUUUGUCAAUCGAUUCGUGUACGAGUCGAAAAACGUUGAACAAGCAACUGAAAAUUUGAAGCGUUUUGGAUUAAUUUUAGCGAGUGGAUUUGCUUCUAAUUUGGCUUCGUUACCUGAACCCAAAGAAUUCUCCUCAUCCACAGUUCAACGAUAUGAAAUGGCAGAUGUUGAAAGUGCUCCCAUGAUUACACAAGGAGUUUUAGAAAUGACCAUUCACAAAGUAGAGCCCAUUGUUGUAAACCAUUCUUCUUCACCAUCAUUUUACUUUCAUUUAAAUUCAUACAGAGAUUUAAAAGUUCCUCAAUAUCUAGACCCCAGUAGUGUUCACAGACAAGCACGAAUGGAGCAAUUUAUCAACACUAGUGUCACUACACCACAACAAGUUCUCUCCAUUCUUGGUGACAAUCAAGAUAAGGAAUAUCCAAUUUAUAGAAACGGAGCUCCUCCAGAUACCGAUGUUAAAACAUUGGCAACUGUGUUAUUUAAUCUAGUGACAAGAGAAGUGAGUAUUUACAAUGAAAAUCCAAAACAUGCCAAACCAAUUUACACAUUCAAGAAUUGGAUGGAUUUGGAACAGCAAUGA